GUUUUACCAUGUUGGCCAGACUGGUCUCGAACUCCUGGCCUCAAGUGAUCCACUUGCCCCGGCCUCCCAGGGUGUGGGAUUACAGGCGUGAGCCACCAUGCCAGGCCAAAAAGUCCAGUUUCUAAGACAGGAAGCUUGAAAAUAAUAGCGUGCACUUAUUGAGCGCUUACUUCAUGCCUGGCAACUUACAUGCACCAGCUCAGCGAAAGCUCACAAGAGUUCUGUGAGGUCGGCGCAGGCUUUAGCUGCGUUUGACAGGUGCAUUUUCCACAAGUAAGUCGUAGAUCCCAGAGAAAGGGCUGGUGGGAGUGGGCGCACCAGUAGUUAGGGGACAGUUGAACCCAGGCUGCCCCUCUAACCACUGGGCUUUAUUGGCUCUCUGCACCCCCAGAGUCUUGUCAGUGAACAUCCGCGAUUCCCAGCAGAGUCUGAUUCCAAACCAGGGGUGAGAAAUCCUGGGCUCUGGGAGAUUUCCUAAGGCCACAAAGAAUUUGGUCGAGCACAUAUAGGGAUUUUUCCAGUUUUAGGUAUGAUUUAAUUCAAAGUCUGCCCGCUCCGGGUCGGUUAGAGGUGCGGCGAGUGGGGGAGGCAGGAACCUCCCUCGCUGGUCCAUGGGUCCCCACCCGAUCCCGCUGCACCCGGUAAUACCCUCCUUGGCAGGUCCUCCGCUCCGCGCCCGCAGCUCCAGGCAGCCCGAGCGCGCGGAACUGGAGGGCGGGGGGCGAGGGGCUGGGAGCGGGGGGCGGGCGGAGGGAGGAACAAUGGCCCCCUCCCCUCCCCGGCCGGCUGGAGGGUGGGGUCUCCCCGCCCCGCCUCCCCGCUCCUCCCCCGACAAGGCGAUGAGGUAAUCGCGCCGCUGAGAGGCACGCGCAGCCGGUGCCCAGCCGGUUGGUCCCUGCGCCCCUGCCCCGCCGGCCACCGCCCCCCCACACCGUCCCGGCCCCGGCAGCCUGGCCCCACCAUGACCGAGCGGUGCAGCCUGUGGAGCGCCCUGUCGGCCGCCGCCUGCUGCUUCUACCGCGGCUCCUUCGUGCAGGUGCAGUUCUCCAAGGAGAAGUACAUCCUGGACUCAUCGCCAGAGAAACUCCACAAGGAAUUGGAGGAGGAGCUCAAACUCAGCAGCACGGAUCUCCGCAGCCACGCCUGGUACCACGGCCGCAUCCCCCGAGAGGUCUCGGAGACCUUGGUACAACGCAAUGGCGACUUCCUCAUCCGGGACUCACUCACCAGCCUGGGCGACUAUGUGCUCACGUGCCGCUGGCGCAACCAGGCCUUGCACUUCAAGAUCAACAAGGUGGUGGUGAAGGCAGGCGAGAGCUACACACACAUCCAGUACCUGUUUGAGCAGGAAAGCUUCGACCACGUGCCCGCCCUCGUGCGCUAUCAUGUGGGCAGCCGCAAGGCUGUGUCAGAGCAGAGUGGUGCCAUCAUCUACUGCCCGGUGAACCGCACCUUCCCACUGCGCUACCUCGAGGCCAGCUAUGGCCUGGGACAGGGGAGUAGCAAGCCCGCCAGCCCCGUCAGCCCCUCAGGCCCCAAGGGCAGCCACAUGAAGCGGCGCAGCGUCACCAUGACCGACGGGCUCACUGCCGACAAGGUCACCCGCAGCGAUGGCUGCCCCACCAGUACAUCGCUGCCCCGUCCUCGGGACUCCAUCCGCAGCUGUGCCCUCAGCAUGGACCAGAUCCCAGACCUGCACUCGCCCAUGUCGCCCAUCUCCGAGAGCCCUAGCUCUCCUGCCUACAGCACUGUAACCCGCGUCCAUGCCGCCCCUGCAGCCCCUUCUGCCACAGCAUUGCCUGCCUCCCCUGUCGCCCGCCGUUCCAGUGAGCCCCAGCUGUGUCCCGGAAGUGCCCCAAAGACCCAUGGGGAGUCAGACAAGGACCCCCACACCAGCCCCUCCCACACCCUCUGCAAGGCCUCCCCAUCACCAUCACUCAGCAGCUACAGUGACCCGGACUCUGGCCACUACUGCCAGCUGCAGCCUCCCGUGCGUGGCAGCCGAGAGUGGGCAGCGGCUGAGGCCUCCAGCCGGCAGGCCAGGAGCUAUGGGGAGAGGCUAAAGGAACUGUCAGAAAAUGAGGCCCCUGAGGGGGACUGGGGCAAGACCUUCACAGUCCCCAUCGUAGAAGUCACUUCUUCCUUCAACCCAGCCACCUUCCAGUCACUACUGAUCCCCAGGGAUAACCGGCCGCUGGAGGUGGGCCUUCUGCGCAAGGUCAAGGAGCUGCUGGCAGAAGUGGAUGCCCGGACGCUGGCCCGGCAUGUCACCAAGGUGGACUGCCUGGUUGCUAGGAUACUGGGCGUUACCAAGGAGAUGCAGACUCUAAUGGGAGUCCACUGGGGCAUGGAACUGCUCACCCUCCCCCAUGGCCGGCAGCUACGCCUAGACCUGCUGGAAAGGUUCCACACCAUGUCCAUCAUGCUGGCCGUGGACAUCCUGGGCUGCACCGGCUCUGCGGAGGAACGGGCAGCGCUGCUGCACAAGACCAUUCAGCUGGCGGCCGAGCUGCGGGGGACUAUGGGCAACAUGUUCAGCUUUGCGGCGGUCAUGGGUGCCCUGGACAUGGCCCAGAUUUCUCGGCUGGAGCAGACAUGGGUGACCCUGCGGCAGCGACACACAGAGGGUGCCAUCCUGUACGAGAAGAAGCUCAAGCCUUUUCUCAAGAGCCUCAAUGAGGGCAAAGAAGGCCCACCGCUGAGCAACACCACGUUUCCUCAUGUGCUGCCCCUCAUCACCCUGCUGGAGUGUGACUCAGCCCCACCAGAGGGCCCUGAGCCCUGGGGCAGCACGGAGCACGGCGUGGAGGUGGUGCUGGCCCACCUGGAGGCCGCCCGCACGGUGGCACACCAUGGAGGCCUGUACCACACCAAUGCUGAAGUCAAGCUGCAGGGGUUCCAGGCCCGGCCGGAGCUCCUGGAGGUGUUCAGCACGGAGUUCCAGAUGCGCCUCCUCUGGGGCAGUCAGGGUGCCAGCAGCAGCCAGGCCCGGCGCUAUGAGAAGUUUGACAAGGUCCUCACUGCCCUGUCCCACAAGCUGGAACCUGCUGUCCGCUCCAGUGAGCUGUGACCCCAGGGACAUUUCCCCUCUGCAGCUGCGGACAGCGUCAGGGGCAGAGGGGCACAGACCUUUCCCCAGAGCACCCCAAGGACACUGUGAUCAACCCGAGAAUGUUCUGGGUUCAACUCAAGCAUCUCCCUUGCACCUCCAGGGUCCUGCGUGGACCCUGGGUUCCAUCCCAACUGCUACACACUCACCAGGACUCCGUUGAGGAAGAACAGGAACGCCGGUUCCUCCACCAGCUUUUGCUGCUCCCCUUCCUGCUGGGGUUCCCUGUUCUCGAGCCAUGGGAGGCAGGCUGCUCACGCCUCCUCACUCUCCGUCUGUCCCUCACCAACACCAAGGCCUCCAUCUCGCUGUAAAUAAGUCUGUUCUGUAAAUAGAUGUACAGAAGCCAUGUUAUUUCUUUCAUAUAAUAAACUUUUAUGACUCUUUA